AUGAAUGCUCAUAGACAGGGAGCUGACAUCUUCUCGAGCGGCCCCAUUCAUCAUUACGCAAGCCGGAGUAGCCACGAUGCGACAGCUUCUGCGGCCCUGCAAAACCACCAAGCGUUAGCAUAUACGAUUAUCGCCCUCCUCUGUACCUACCUAAUUCUCGAUCACUUCGGUCUCGCCCCGGUCUCGUUUAUACAGGCGCUUUGGAACGCGUUUGUCUAUCUUACUCCGUCCUGGAUUCUCGUCGCAUUGGAUUCCCGCAUGUCGCCGUCCGACUCUUCCCCCUCGAGCCAUUCGGGAUUGUCUUUUCAUGCAAAGAGCGAGUCUAUGCAACGGAUAUUGGGUUUAGACAACAACUCCUUUCCUUUCUUCCCUCGACCGCGAUCCCUUUCCGGAAUCGGCAGCGCUCUCCUGGGUAACAACAAAGACAGUAUCCCUUCAGGACUGGGUAACUGGGAUAAUUCGUGUUACCAGAAUAGUAUAAUCCAGGGACUAGCAUCGCUGAAGUCGCUCUCGGCGUUCUUGGGUCGCAAUGUCGACAUCCUGGGAGAGAAGAGCUCGUUCUCGACACAUCAGGCGCUCAAAGGCAUCAUCGAUCUUCUGAACAGUGCAUCAAAUCAUGGACACAAACUCUGGAUUCCUGCGGACCUGAAAUCUAUGAGUAGCUGGCAACAGCAGGAUGCGCAAGAAUACUUCUCCAAGUUGGUGGAUCAGGUCGACAUCGAAAUCCAACAAGCCUCGAGAGGCGAAACAAGGAACAUGGGCUUGAAAAUGGCCGGACAUGAAGAGAAAAUCCUGAAAGAAGUUUGUUUGGAUACAACGUCAGCCGAUGAGCAUGUUGUAUCAACGAUUGAAAAAGCCUCCUUUCGCAAUCCUCUUGAAGGCUUGCUUGCCCAACGAGUCGGGUGCAUGAAAUGCGGAUGGACAGAGGGGCUGUCACUCAUUCCUUUCAACUGCCUGACGGUUCCUCUCGGAGCUAAACAUGAAUACGACAUCCGCGAAUGUUUGGGCCAAUAUAUGACACUAGAGCCCAUCGAGGGUGUGGAAUGUGCCAAGUGUACUCUCCUACGAGCACAAAACCAGCUGAAGAACCUUCUUGGGAGCAUGUCAGAUGAAGACGAAGCCGACAAGCUCCAAUCGCCCGGCCUUUCGGAUGCUGUCAAGACAUCCGCUCAGGCGCGUCUCGAGGCCGUACAGACUGCCCUUGAAGAGGACGAUUUUGCCGAGACGACGCUAGCAACUAAAUGUCACAUACCCUCUAAGAACCGAAUGACUACUACCAAGUCUCGCCAAGCUGUGAUCGCUCGGGCACCCCAAUGCCUCGUCGUCCACAUCAACCGCAGCCUGUUUGAUGAGAUGACCGGGAUGUUGAAGAAAAAUUACGCCGCAGUCAAAUUUCCCAAGACUCUGGAUAUGAAUGACUGGUGUCUUGGAACUCAGCCUGCCAAACAGUCUGAGGAAACCUCCGAACGGUGGGUGACCGAUCCGUCGGAGUCAAUGCUCCCUCGUCCUGGCGAGGCAAUCCGCAUGCCUAGCAGACAAUAUGAACUCCGUGCCAUUAUUACGCACUAUGGCCGCCACGAGAACGGCCAUUAUAUCUGUUACCGGAAAUAUCCAACAUCCAUAUUUCCCGCGCCGGUCCCAGACGAGGUUCUCCAGGCGGAAGGAGACAAGGAGAAGCCAGAGCGCUGGUAUCGACUCAGUGAUGACGACGUGCAGAUGGUGAGCGAAGGCCAUGUCAUGUCUCAAGGGGGCGCCUUUAUGCUGUUCUAUGAGGCAGUCGAUACCAAUGCCUCGUCUCCCUCGGAUCAGACCACGAAACCAGAAUCAGUCCGGUCUGAGGUCUCCGAAUCGGUGUCUAAUUUCACCGUGUCUGAAGACAUGUCCACAACAUCCACAGUAACAGAUGCCGACUCCACCACGUCCCGCGCAACAAGCGUGUCAACACCCGAUCGCACUACGCUGCCUGUGGAGGACAGCGACCCUGAUUCCAUGGUUCCCAAGCUUUUCAGUGAGGUGGACAACGACACCCCCAUCUACACUGAACCGCUGGGCGCUCCGUCGGCCAUCACUGCGUGA